GUGCGUCUGGAGGGUCUGACGGGCCGUGUGCAGUUCGAUGAGCGGGGGCAGCGCACCAACUUCUCUCUGAGGGUGAUGGAGCUCGGCCUGGACACGCCGCGACAGAUCGGCUACUGGAGCGAGCGCAGAGGCUACGUGAACACGGCCAUCUACAAGCCGGUUCAGGAGGAGUUCCACGGCCUGCAGAACCGCACCUACGUGGUCACCACCAUCCUGGAAGCCCCCUACAUGAUGCUGAAGAAGAACCACGAGCAGUACGAAGGGAACGAGCGCUACGAGGGCUACUGCGCAGAACUGGCCGCCGAGAUCGCCAAACAUGUGGGCUUCGUUUACCGCCUAGAGCUGGUGGGGGACGGAAAGUACGGAUCCAGAGACGGAGAUACCAAGAUGUGGAACGGGAUGGUGGGAGAGCUGGUGUACGGGAAGGCAGAUGUGGCGGUGGCCCCCCUCACCAUCACGCUGGUGAGGGAGCAGGUGAUCGACUUCACGAAGCCCUUCAUGUCUCUGGGUAUCUCCAUCAUGAUCAAGAAACCCACCAAGUCCAAACCGGGGGUGUUCUCCUUCCUCGACCCGCUUGCCUACGAGAUCUGGAUGUGCAUCGUGUUCGCCUACAUCGGAGUCAGCGUGGUGCUCUUCCUGGUGAGUCGAUUCAGUCCGUAUGAGUGGAAAGGUGAAGACUCUGACGAUGAAGAUGAAACUCUACCCUGCUCUUCAUCACGACGAGCGCUGCCCACCUCCUCCUCUGAGCUCACUCACUCUCCAGGGUUCUCCCAGUCUCAGACCCAGAGCCAUCAGAAGGAGAAGGAGAAGGAUUCUCCUGAAUACACCAACGACUUUGGGAUCUUUAACUCUCUGUGGUUCUCUCUGGGCGCCUUCAUGCAGCAGGGCUGCGACAUCUCCCCCAGGUCGCUGUCCGGUCGCAUCGUGGGGGGGGUGUGGUGGUUCUUCACCCUCAUCAUCAUCUCCUCUUACACCGCUAACCUGGCUGCCUUCCUCACGGUGGAGAGGAUGGUUUCGCCCAUCGAGGGCUCCGAGGACCUGGCCAAGCAGACGGAGAUCGCCUACGGGACGCUGGACGGCGGCUCCACCAAAGAGUUCUUCAGGCGGUCAAAAAUCGCCGUCUUCGAGAAGAUGUGGUCGUACAUGCGCAGCACGGACCCCACAGUGUUCGUGAAGAACACCAACGAGGGCGUGAGCCGCGUCCGCAAGUCGAAGGGGAAAUACGCCUACCUGCUGGAGUCGUCCAUGAACGAGUACAUCGAGCAGAGGAAGCCCUGUGACACCAUGAAGGUCGGAGGAAACCUGGACUCCAAAGGCUACGGGGUGGCCACGCCCAAAGGAUCCGCCCUCAGUGUUUCUGUCUGUCUGUCGGCCCGUCUACCUGUCUGUGGUCAUCAGUUGUGCCUGUCUGACUGCUAACAACAACACAACAAACUGUCUCUCCAUCUAUCUAUCUAUCUAUCUGUCUAUCUCUCCAUCUAUCUCUCCAUCUGUCUAUCUCUCCAUCUAUCUAUCUAUAUAUCUAUAUAUCUAUCUGUCUAUCUCUCCAUCUAUCUAUCUAUCCAUCUAUCCAUCUAUCUAUCUAUCCAUCUAUCUAUCUAUCUAUCUAUCUAUCUAUCUGUCUAUCUCUCCAUCUGUCUAUCUCUCCAUCUAUCUAUAUAUCUAUCUGUCUAUCUCUCCAUCUAUCUAUCUCUCCAUCUAUCUAUCCAUUCAUCUAUCUAUCUAUCUAUCCAUUCAUCCCUACAUGAGCAUUGCUGCUGUCAGAUAAAAUGUGUAUUAUUUAUAAAUGUGUCGAAUCGUCGUUAAAUAAGAAUUUGUACUGAAUCAAAUGUGCUAAGGCCCUUUUAUUCAGUGACUUUAAUUGGGUUCUUCCUCGUCCCUUGUUACACCCGUCCACCAAGUUUCAUUCAAAUUGGGCCAGCAAUAACUCUGUAAUGCUGCCGACAAACCAAACCUCUACCGGAAAAUCUCCUCGUCGGAGUCAAAUAUGGAACAAGUGGUUGUAGUUCAAGGUACAGUUCAAACUCUGCAAAAUCCUGACUGGUUGGAAAGAAUCGUCACUUAAGCAGCGCAGGACCAAUGCCCAGCGUUUAUUUGUGCGUCAGUAGAGACCACACACAAAACAACGGUAGCUAAAGUGAAUCAGCAACAACACAGCAACCAUCUUGUAAAGCCCUACAGAACAUUUAGUAACACCAGAGGAAAUUAGUCCAACCACAUUUUGCCCAAAAAGGGAAAUUCAUAAAUAUAUUGUUGUAUAUGUUUUUGGUUCAUUGCAAGACACUGCAGAUGCUCAUUUAGACAGUAUGUCUAUAGUUCACAUACAAAGACCACAGAUGACGGAAUAAUUCAUUGCAAAUUGACGAUGAAGGAUCUUCUUUCCCAUUUGUGUAGACAUUCAGUUAUAAAGUUGUUGGUCUCUGAACGCUAGCUUUUCAAUUGAACGAAACCAAACGUCUUACCCCGGUUACAACAUUAAUAUAAUCAAGUUUAUUUGUACAUGUUUAUCCGACAGCAGCGUUUGAAAUUCAUGUUCCUUCUCUGUCCACGCUUCAUCAGAACGUCUUGUCCUCUUUCUUUCUGCUUCACGUCAGCGUUUUACAGACAACCCAGAGCCGGAGAACGGAGAUGAGCUCCACAGAUGAGAUUAGUAAAUCCUGAAUAUAAUAAUAGUAACGUAUGUUAUGUAAUUAGUAGGCCAGAAAUAUCAAUCAGCGUAGUAAAACAGAAGCGAGCAAAUUGGCUUUCUGCCUUCGCUGUCAAAUGUGUUUUGUUUUGUUGAAAGGAAGUGAAGGGUUUCUGAUGGCAGAUUGUAAAUCAGAAAGUUACUCACCAGUAUUUUUGAGCAGUUGCCUAGCAACACAUUUGAGUUAAAGCCCUUAAUGCUGAGCAUAUUGGAUAAUCAGCGUUACACAGAUCACUAGUUCCAUCUGAACAGACUCUGUUCUCUGCCUCUGGGUUCCUCUCCGUGCUAACAGCUGACCGUGUCCAGUCAACAGCUCCAUCGUCUCCGCUGACUAACUCCAUCACACUCAGCUCUACUGCUGCCAUCAGCUCUGCUCACACUAAAAGGGGAACUCUGGUAGGAAUCAACCCUCCAACACAGUGUUGAGAGAGAACACAGACGGUAAUGAAAUCCUUCAUAUAAUGUACGUCACGUUAAAGGGUUUGAUUUUGCCUCCGGCUCCGACAACAUUAUGGAAAGGGAGCCUACAGAGAAAUGAAUCAUGUCUCUUCUGAAAGAUUCUAGGAGAGUCGAUCUGCGCCAGUGUUGUCAUAGUUUGUCGUAAAGUAAUCUGAAAUAUUGUGCAUGUCAUUGCUGACAACAUGUGGAGUAUUGCAUGAUUUCAGACUUCUUCACUAAGAGGUGAAGGCUAACGUUAGCAUUGAUUUGCAACCCCAUUACUGUUAUGGAGUAAUUACAGUUACAGGGUUUUAGUUUCUGCAGUUCAAUGUUUUAUCUUUAGUCAAAUGUUCACGUAUAAUUAUAAAAUAACUUUGUUUUAGUCUAACAUCUCACUAAAGUAAACAAAACAAAAGUUGACCAUUAAUACCUGAGCUAGCCAAAUCAAUUAUUUAUAAUGGUUUACUACCUGUUUUUCUCAAAUACACAACAGAACAUUUUAAAAUAAAGGGUUCAUUUUUCAAACGUGUUUUUGUCUAAAUUCUCCUCUAAUUAUGGAACAACAAUCUGAGGCAAAACAAACGUUAGUAAAUGUACGAAGGAUUGCAUUAGCGCCUGUUUAGCAGCUGUAGUGCUCUCGCUCAAUACUGAACACAUUUGUCACUUAGAAACAAAAACGUUGGGAAAAAAGGGUCCAGGUUGAAACAUCCAGAAGUUCCCCUUUGAAACACCAUCACUACAAUGCUAUCGUUUGGAGACCUUUUGUUCCAAAAUGACGUUUCAGUUGAUUGAUUACAAAGAAUAUGUAACAGAAUCCCUUUAGAACAAAAGUCUUCUUUUGGCCGUCAUCAUAAUAAUUGUAUUGUUAUCGUCCAUGUACUGGUUGGCCUGUCAAUAAUCAUUCUAUUAAUUCAUGUUUCUUUAAAAACAUCUCUGCUACCGUCUGUACGGAGCCCCUAAAGGGACAUGUUAAAACAUUUUAAAAAAC